AUGAACUUGGGGAACUCCAAAAACCCAAAAAUUUCCUCACCACCCAAACACAAUCCUCUCGAACUCAGCCUCCAACAAGCCUUCACCAACAUCCAAAAUCAUUGCUCUGGUUUCCUGCACCACCUCUCUCACUUUCCUGUCUUCGACCCCAACCCUUCUUCCCUCAAAACCCAACUCGAGUCCACCUUCGCCAACCUCCAAAACCAAGCAAAGCAUGCAUUCCAUAUUGGGUUGUCAAGCUCUGUUCCCAAACAUUCUUCUGGGAAAACCCCAGUUUGGGCCCGAAUUGCGGUAAAUAACAAAACCCAGACCACCAAUUCCCCUGGUAAUGGGUCCAAAGCCGCCAUGUCUACCGAGGCAAUCGAAGAGCGGCUUGCUGGAGUGCCUGUUUAUGCUCUCAGUAAUGCCGCUGAGGAAUUCGUGUUGGUUUCGGGUGCUUCAAGUGGAAAGUCUCUUGGAUUGUUUUGUUUCAAGAAAGAGGAUGCAGAGGCACUUCUUGAGCAUAUCAGAAUUAUGGACCCCGGAAUGCGAAGCGGGUCUAAAGUGGUGGCCGUGGCUUUAAAUAAGGUUUUUCAGCUCAAGGUUGAUGGGGUAGCCUUCAGGUUGAUUCCUGAGUAUUCUCAAGUCAAGAACGCGCUUAAGGAGAAGGAAAAGGUUGGAACUUCUGACGAUGAUGGCUUUCCCGGGGUGCCAGUUUUCCAGUCAAGGAGCUUGAUUCUUAGAAGCCAAAGCAAGAGCUAUCGUCCAGUGUUUUUCAGGAAGGAGGACUUGGAAAGUUCACUAUCAAGAGCUUCUCGCGAGCAGAAUCAAUUAAAUCCUGCCUUCAGACCUGGGGAUGUUCAGGUUGCUGUUCUUGAAGAAGUAAUAAAGGGGAUGAAGGAAGGUUCUACAUCAACGUGGGACGAUGUUGUUUUCAUCCCUCCUGGAUUUGAUAUCUCUACUGAUCCUACCAAGCAAUAG